UUUUGUGAAAAAGAUGUGUCAGGAAAGAAAUUGCGUAACAAAAAAGCGACUUCCCCAAAACACUUGAAAACCAAGAUUCCACGGCCGCAAAUAAUUCGUUACAUUGAAGAUAGUUUGCGUAGAGAAUUUUAUCGUGAACAUCCAUACGAACUGUUGAAACCACAAAUCCUGAUGGAGAAAAAUGAAGGAAUUGUGGAAGAUCACGGAGAAUUAUUAUGUAAUUUGAAAUUCCCUUGUCGGGUUACUGGUGAAGAUGUGAUUAGAUACCAAACGUAUUUAAUGAAAGAUCAAAAAUUUGGAAAACAUCAGGCAUAUGUCGAAGCCUGUAACGAAUUUUAUAAAAUUCGAGCAAGAGAAGAGGUUGCGGAACGCGUCGCAGAAGAGCAAGCUCUGUUAUUCGGAUCUAAAAUAAGUCAAUCGCAAACCGAAAGAUCCUUAUGGUUGGAACAUAAGAACCUUCAAAAGUCUGAACCACGAGUGAUUAAUCAAGUUUUGAGAAUUAUGUCUUAA